AUGACUACUGUCAGCACCACGCCGCGCCCGACAAAGUACAGCAGUGAGGAAGAGGUCAAGUUCAAAGUAGAUGUCGCCGGUGGCGUAUCGCAAAGAAGGGGCGAGUCCUAUGAUUAUCUGGUGAUCUGCGCCGUGCUCAUCACAGCAGUGGUUCUGAAGAAGCUGCAGCGCCGGAUCCACUUUCCGUACACGGUGUUCAUGUUCAUCGCGGGCUUCGGGUUCUCGUACCAGGACGCGGAGAACGAGAGAAGCCUCGACUCGCUCUCAAUGUGGCUGCGGAACAUUAAGUUCCACGUGCUCAUGGUGUUCGUGCCUGCGGCAACAGUGUACGCCACGCAGGGCAUCAACCACUUCAUCUUCCGCAGAUGCCACCGGGAGAUCACCGUGUUCUCCGUGGGAACACUGGGCAUCAGCACGGUAGUGUCGGCGCUGUACGCGUACACCUUCCUGGGCACCAAGGGCAUCAACAACUGCCUGCUGUUUGGCAUCCUGCUCUGCUCUUGCGAACGGCUGCCCAUUGCCGACCAGCUGCUCGAGGAAGGCCGCUACCCCAUUCUGACCACCAUGUUGCAGGCUGAGUCCAUUGUCAACAACCUCUUCGUCUGGUCUGUCCUCGACACCGUCGAGGCCCACAACAACCAGGGCGUGACGACCGUGCUGAACCACCUGCUGGUGUCGCACGUGAUGGGCGCCUUGGGCGGCGUAGCUAUGGGCGCCGUGGCCAUCUGGUCGCUGCGCUUGGCGCCGCAGAGCCAGAGCAGCAACACAUUCCUGCACAUCUGCCUGACGUACGCGACCUUCUGCCUGCUCGAGGUCAUGGGUACUUCAGGCGUCGACGGCGUGGUGGCCUUCACGCUCAUCACCACCUCGCACCGCCUGGUUGCCUGCACCGAGCUCGAAGGCCUGCUACACAAGUACUGGUCGGCCAUCUACGACGUCUCGGGCUUCCUCUCGCUCUUCAUGUCUUCGCUGUACGGCGGCGAGCUGCUCUUCAUCUUCGCCCGCAGCAACAUCCUCUCGCAGGUGGCGCUGGCAUACUGUGUGCGCAUCCUGGCACGGCUGUUCUCAGUGGUAGCCCUCUUUCCGAUCAUCGAGCAGUUCGGCUACCCGGUGUCGUGGCGCCAGGCUGCGGUAACGGUCUGGAUGGGGCUCAAGGGGCCGCUCAACAUCACUGUUGUCACCUUCCUUUACCACCAUCAGUCGACCAUCAACGUUGAAUACGUCGGAGGGACGUUUCCCCACAUCGUGUGCGACAUACUUCUGGGCCAGCUGAUAAACGUCGCUUUCCUCGAGUUCAUAUUUAGGACUUUUGGAGUGCUGGAAGUGUCCGAGAUAGAGCAACGCACCAUGUCAAGCGCUGUGACGUACCUGAAGGACCACGUGAUGGUGUCCAGCCGAGUUCAGGAGGCCGAUUCUUACUUCCGGCCGGUCGACUGGAAGUGGGUCCUACGCCACACUAUCAUCGAGAAUCCGUUCGCCUUGGGACGGAGACCUUCCGGUGUGGAUAAAAAAAUGUCUCAAUUGUUUGCAACACUGAACCGGUUCGGCACAGAAAACCUGCCUUAUGACGAAAUGCUGCAGAGCGCUAUCGACUUGUCCGCAUGA